UAAUAAAUAAUGGAAUUUACUGUAUCCGAGUUUCCUAAGUUUGUUGUUUGAGAUUGAUUCGAACAGAAAUACUGAAGUUUGACUUGAAUUCGUAUUACUCUAGAAAGGUACGCUUCAAUGUAGAUUGUCCAACUACUCCAUCCGUUGAUGUGUUUCCGGAAGUUACCAAAAAAAUUGGACUUGCUAGCUAGACACUGAGACAACUAAACAGUACCAUAGGUUGGUGUAUUGCUUUCUCUUAAUACCUAUAACUAAUAUAUUCGAAUAGCUUCUUACAAAAACUGCUACAUAUUUUGAAAUUCUAUAUUUUUAUACUUCCAAAGGUAGCUAGCUUUGCUAGCGUUAGAUCACUAGCCUUUUACUAGACUCGAUUACAACACGGAUUCGAUUGAACAAAGGUAGCUAGCCAGCUAAACGUAACGAACUCUAGCCGUAGCUAGCUAGCUACACAUACACAGUUUGCCAUGAUGUCCGAAGCCAUCGUAACGUUCCAGUCUCAGCUUUCCGGAGUAAUGGAGACGGUGUUCAAGGCUGCCAUGUACGAAAUCACCAGGUUAGUGGAGGAUAGCUUCUUGAAGGAGGUGUCUCGGAGCCGGGAGCAGGUCGAGUCACUGAAGAAGCGGCUGCAGUGUUCGGAGAACCGGAGCAGGGAGAAGGACAGAGAUGGAAGCCGGAGGGGGAGGUGUGCGGACUGUGGGAGAGCUGAGGAAAGAAGCUCUGGAGCAUCUCAGACAGGUGCUGAGAGAGGGCUUGGCCUGAAACAAGAGAAAGUGCCGGGGGAGGAGUGGAGCAGCUGUGGAAGUGUGGCAGGGGAAUCGGCAUUCCACGAUCUGGAGGACACAGAGGCAGCCAGUCCGAGGAGGAUCUCUGAGUCCACAGAGAUCGGAGGUCAGAAGAUGGACAACCUGCUGAAAGAAGAGGCCCUCCACAACGCUGAGCUACGGGAGAGAUGGGGAGUCUGCCUGGAUGGAGCUGAAAGUUCGGACGUCUCGGGGCCCAGCAAGAGUUUCAGUGAGCAGGAGCUACAGCAGUGCCAGGACGACUGGGGUUCCAGCCUGGACCAGGGACCCGAACCACCCGGCCCGGAGUGCGACCCAGGGGACCCCAGUGACCCCCUCUACCGGGCCCGCUACAAUAUAGAUGAGCAGGGCAGCAGCUUUGAGAAGUCUGGUUUCAGCGGUGGUGGUAGUGGCAGCCAUCUUCUAGACAUGGAAGGGCUGGAUGGACUUCCCGGUUCUCCGUCUCACCUGGGCGGGUUAAGCUUCGGACCCGGUGGUCAUUUCCAGGUGGACCUGGGGGCGUCCGAUGGGGGAGACCAUCAGCUCCGCUCCCACAUGCCUGGCCCACAUCGGAACCGCAGGGAGCAAAUGGGCUCACCUUCGCAGUCCCCCCACACGGAUGUGGGAGACCUGAACUGCCUGCUGAUCAACGAGGACGGGUAUCUACAGGACUCGAGUGCCUUGUACCCCGACCAUGGCGUGACCGCGCCGGGUGGCAGAGCCAAUCGCCGGGGGCUAACCUCGGAUCACAACAACGCAGAGGGCCCGUACCCCUACGGCCCCUCGCUGACCCUCGGCGGUCGUUUACAGGAGCAGGCGGGAGAAGGCGCCGGGAGGCGUCACGCCUGCAGUCAGUGCCCCAUGACCUUCCCGGACUCCGGUUCCCUCAAGGCCCACAAGCAGUCUCACAGAAGCGCGAGGGGGUCGGGUGCGGGGUCGGGUCCUCCCUACUCCUGCAACCAGUGCGGCAAGACCUUCACACAGGCCUGUAACCUGAAGGUCCACCAGCGGGUUCACCAGGCUGAGGGCCUCCACCUCUGCAGCCACUGCGGCAAGGGUUUUGCCUCCUUCUCCGACCUGAAGAGGCACAAGUGCAGCCAGACGACGGACAAGCCAUACUGCUGCUCUCUGUGCGGCAAUAAGUUCAGCCGGCUCUGGAACCUCAAGCUACACCGGCGCAUCCACACGCAGGAGAAGCCCCACCGCUGCACCAUGUGCGAGAAGAGCUUCACACGGGCGGACAUUCUGAAAGUGCACCAGCGCACCCACACCGGGGAGAGACCGUACUGCUGCGCCGUGUGCGGACUCAGCUUUAAACGGCUGGAUCAUCUAAAGUCGCACCAGCGCAAGCACAGGCCGGAUCUCCUGAACUGAUUCUGGUUUUUAUUUUUUGGGUUUUAUUUUUAUCAUCAACAUUUUCUUUUGUGAUCAAUUGUUUUAAUCAGAACACUGAAAAUAUAAACUUUUGGGAAUCUAACAAGUGCGUAUAAUACAAAUUUACCCAAUAUGGAUUCUCUAUUGUCUGACCUAGUGUGGGAGUUUGAUUCUGCUGUACUGUGCCAGGCUAAGUUCACUGAUGUGAACAGGCAGAAGCUGUGAGAGAUGAGUGCCCUUCUCAAAUGGGUUUUCCGGUUCCAAAUGCAAUCAUAGCCAACCAGGUUCCCUCAGGGCAGACAUGGGGCAUAAAUCGAAUCUCCUUUUGAACCUGGCUCACUCUCAGGUGAGACUUGGGUAUCACCUUUAACAGAAAAGUUGUCUCAAACGAAAAUGUGGUGGUGGUUAAGGACAUGGAGGAAUCUGUUUUCAUGUGCAAAACUGGCAUCUUUUGAUAAAAAUACAUGUAGAAAAAUACAUGACAGAGAAUACAAUUCCAUUUACAGCAGUUACCUGGAGCAAUUAGCCAGACUUCGCCAUGACCAGGCAGGGGAUUUGAUCUAGCAAAUGUUCAGUUGCUGGUAAGGUGCUCUAACCGCUUGGCUUUCUGCUGUCCUGACUUGGAGAAUUAGAACAUGUUUCAUGAUGCAUUUUACUGCCUUGCUUAUGUCACAGAGAAACCCCUGAUUACUGUUCUAAUCCAAACAAGUUCCCCUCCCCUUGACCACUUUUUCAAAUUCACGUCCAAGACUGUAGGCCAGCAAGCCAAAUCAAACUCCCCCACUGAUCAUGCCAACCUUAAUGGACGACUCAGUCUUGAAUUCUUCUGCUGCAUCAGUCGCUCCAGAAGAGACUAGUGGGCAUGGCUUUUUGACAGAAUGAAUUGGAUGUGAAGUCACAACGUAUCAAACCUUACAAUAACUUUGCGGUGUGGGAAAGAGCAUCUGAAGUUUUUUUUUCCGACUGCUAAUUAUUGGUCUCAUCCCUGAUCUCCAACCUCUCCCACAUGGUGACCCCUGACAUCACCUACUUACUGAAUGACCUCAGUAACAGCAAUUCCAUCAGUUAAACAAAACAUAAUUUAUGAAAAGCAAUCUGUUAUGUUUUUUUAAAGUAGAAUUUUACAACCAUGUUCACCUUUUGGGGGUUAUAGUGUAGCAACUUGUUUGCCUUUGGUCUUUCGAUGUUGUGCCACAAGUUCAAAGCACUUGAAAGCUUGUAACUGGUAUUUACGACUUUUCCCGCCUUUCAACCUAAAGCCCAGAAUGACAUUUCAACCUUAACUAAUUGUGCAGUUAUCACGCUUGUACACGGAUUGUGUUAAAAAAAAUAAUGUUAAUAGAUUGCUUUUAAUAAAUACAUUUUAUGGCAUUUAACUGUUGUAAAUGUGUCAGAGGUCUGCAUGUGGGAAAUGAUGAAGCCAGACAGUGUCCAAUAUCCCAACAGUUCCCUGUCCUCUGGCAAAGAUUCUACUUCCCACUUAAUGCACCAUUAUUUUAGUAUUUCCUGUUCAUCAAGCAAAAGCUUGGCUUUUUCCUCACCAGUCACUCCUUAAUCAUACUUAAACCAUAUGUUUUCUUCUUGUAAUUUGAUUUCAUGGCUUUAAAUGAUUUGUCUUUUUUGUACAUUAAAGGCCCAGUGUCAAAGAUUGACAUUACUGUGUUCAUAUAUAUUCAGUAAACUUCAAAAUAUUUGGACAG